CUGUAAAAUGUUAAAAUUCUUCUUCAAAAAUAAAUACAUGCCUGUUGAAAUUUAUUAAAUACGAACAUUAUUUCAAAUACAUACAAUUAUUGAAGCAGAUAAUUUUGUACUUUUACAUAUAAAGUUAUUCGUAUCAUAAUGAUUAAUGACGAUAUUCAGGAACAAAGUAAAAAGCUCCGUUUCAAACCAAAUGUUCAACAUUUUACUGAUACUAUUUUCGAUUCUAGAAUCAGUAAAGAUACGAAGGGCAAAGUUACAGAAGGAGAUAAACCUGUUUCUCUUUUUGCUUUUCUACACGUUGAACUUACAAGAGGCUAUUUGCUUGAACACGAUGAGGAAAGAUUUUCGGCAAGACGAGAGAAAGUUUAUUCAUUUAUAAAAAUCCCUCAAGAAUUAGAAAAGUUUAUGGCAUAUGGAUUUUUUCAGUGUGCAGAUUCUUUGUUGUUUGUUUACACAUUUCUGCCUCUGCGAUUCAUAAUGGCUUUCUGGUCUUUUUUUAAUAGGCUGUUUAGGAGUUGUUUUAGGUAUACAAAUUAUCAUAAAAGCAUUUUAAAACCUGCUGAAACAUGUGAUGUACUCAAAGGAUUUAUAUUAUUAGUGUGCAGUAUAUUAAUGUGCUAUAUUGAUACCAACAUGAUGUAUCAUUUAGUGAAAAGUCAAAGCGUAAUGAAAUUGUAUAUUUUCUACAACAUGCUGGAAGUCGGAGAUCGUUUGUUUUCAGCCUUUGGGCAGGAUACAAUUGAUGCUUUAUUUUGGACAGCAACAGAACCCAGAGACAGAAGGCGGGAACACUUGGGUUUAAUACCCCAUCUAUUGUUUGCUAUGAUAUAUGUCUUUCUCCAUAGUUUGUUGGUGCUUUUUCAAGCAACUACACUCAAUGUGGCAUUUAAUUCAAAUAAUAAAAGCUUGCUUAUCAUCAUGAUGUCAAACAAUUUUGUUGAAUUGAAAGGAAGUGUUUUUAAGAAAUUUGACAAAAAUAACUUAUUCCAAGUGUCAUGCAGUGAUGUCAGAGAACGCUUACACCUGUCUGUCUUACUAUUCAUAGUUGUUCUGCAGACUAUGAAAGAAUAUACAUGGAGGGAAGAAAGAUUUUGGAUUCUUGCACCUGAUUGUGUUUUAGUUUUGACUUUUGAAGUCAUAAUUGAUUGGGUGAAACAUGCUUUCAUUACAAGAUUUAAUGAAAUACCAUAUGGUGUAUAUAGAGAGUAUACUGUAAGUUUAGCUUACGAUGUUGCACAAACUAGACAAAAGUAUGCUUUCAGUGAUCACUCUGAUUUAGUUGCAAGACGAAUGGGUUUUAUUCCAUUGCCACUGGGUGUAGUUAUAACCAGGGUUUUGGUUCAUGCUGUCAAAAUAGAUGGGUUUGCUGCGGUUCUACUUAUAAUCAUUGCAUACUUUUGUUUGUUGACCAUAAGGGUACUUGUAUCUAUUGUGAUACUAGGAAAAGCCUGUGAUUUGAUAACUCAACAUCAGACGGACAAAAAUGAAAGUCACCACACAACACCGAAAAAGGAGCAAAAAGAGUGUGCAAAGGAAAUAAUCUUGACUACGCUCAAAACUCCAGAAGCCGUUAUGCCACCUACAAAAAAACCAGUACAGUUAAAAUUUCAAAUUCCAGAGGACAUCGUUAAGAACGAACCGUUGGUAGACGCGUCUGUCGGUGCGGCCGCGAUAUUCUCCAAUAGCGCGAUAGAUCUCAACGGCGUUUGUUACCUCAACGACAAGAUGAACGCACCAGUCAAGCAAGAGCACUGUCUUGAACCAGAAGUGGGCGAUAUCACGUGUAGUGCGCCAGACAUCACUGCGGCAUCGGCCACAUCGCAGCCCGAAGCGACGGAUCGACCGAAUUCCCCGCACGGUGAUGGACUCAAGUUGCGUUCAGAAUCCGAACCGAAUCUAGUGAAAGCCGGCGAAGAGGCCACGUAACAUACCCUAAUAUGUUGUACACUACUGUUGGUCUAUUAAAUACUAGUCUGUUUUGGUCGUGGAUUAUGUGUGAUUCGUUCAGUGAUGUUGAUAUUUUAUCGGGGGAAGAAAUGACACCGGAACAACUUUAGAAGAUGCUGGAUCGUUUGUGAGUUCAGAGUCUAGUAGAUACGACGUGCUUUUUUUUGCUGUCUAAGUCGAAAUCAAUCGAGAACAAAUAAAAGAAUUUAGCGAGGGUACUGUGAAUUCCUUUACGAAAUUGAAGUGGUCAUUAAUAGAAGUAAAGGGCACUUUACACACGGAAAAUUGCAGCCAAAUAUCCCUGCCCUGUAGUUUCUGCUUCCUGUAGUCAGUAAAGAUACCAGAGGCCCAAGCAUGAAGUUUGAUAGCUUCAUAAUCGUAUUGCAUCGUCAAAGUUUCUAUGACAAGUAAGCAGCGCCCGCCAUUUUGUUCUUUACGGACGUAAGAACAAAUAAACUCUAUUCAAAAUAUAAUGCGGCUGCAGACUGCAAAUUGCAAGCGCAAAAUGCAAGCGACACCACUGGUUUCUAUAAAUCUCUAUGAAAUUUUUUCGAACAUGGCGACACUGCAGCCUGCGCGUCAACGCCAUUAUGAUCAGUACCCUUAGUACGAGUUUUACAAUUACGAAAACUAUGAUAGUUUUCGUGAGUUCGCACUUCGUACUAAGGGUACUGAUUUUAUUGUUUUUGUUUCAAUACAAAUAAACAGUUUUUAUUUUCUAUCAUUAAAUCAUUUGCGUCUUCUUAAAUUUUAAGUAUAUUUGGUUAUUUUUCACCAAAAUGGACAUAGAAACAUAAUUUACAAUUACGAAAACUAUGAUAGUUUAUACUAAGAUACUUAGAUAGAAAACUAUGCAGCGGAAGUCUGAACAAACUAGCUUUUUCCAUACAAAAUUUGACGCUUACGAUAAUUUACGCAGCUGUCAAAAACUCUUGCUUGGGCCCCUCGACCUUACUGCAAUGCUAAUGUUCUAACUAUAUUUAAUAGAAAUGGGUCCUAAAUUAAACCACCUUACUUUACAUUCGUAUUUUUUUAUGAUCUUUACUAGUCCAGACACCUUUUUAUCAAAGCUUAUGCGUUGAAACUAGAUUUGCGUUAAAAAAAAAAGAAUAAAACAACUACCCGAAACAAUGUAUUUAUUUAUUGAAUACUAAUUAAGUAUUUAUAGAGUAUGUAUAUCGUACAUAACUGUUUUAAGUAAAUUAUUAUAAUUUGUACUUUUAGUAAGUUAAAUUAUUUUUUAAAUUAUGUACCUAUAUGUAUAGAUAAACGAAAACAUAACCAAUAGGUUCCCUUUAUUAGAUGUAAUUAUGGGAACUACUAUGUACUCGAAUUUAGUAGCAAUAUAAAGAGUUUUCGAGCGUUUCUCCUUAAAUGAUCGCUUUUUUCAUUUUUGAACUUAGUUUUUUUAAUAAAGAGCUAUUUUGUCAUCUCUUCAUUGAGAAGCCGGUGCUUUUGGUUUACACCAUGCUUCAGCAAUGAAUUGACCUUGGUUAUCAAAAUUUUAUUAUAAUUUUCAAAGGGGGAUAGAACCGAUUUGACAUAUCGACCCCCCGCCAUUGUGAUUUUUUUUAGCAAUCGCGGCGCACUAUGAAAGUCGUAGGUAUGGGUAGAAGGGACACAGACGGAAGUACAAAAAAAAUAAAGUAACAUGGUACCCACUAGGCGUCAGAUUUUACAAUCUGACGCCUAGUAUCCAAAUAAUCGUUCCCAGGUUGAUUAUUAUUUUUAUUACUGUUUAUUGGAAAAGAGUAGGUCAUACAUAUUACAUGUACCGUUAUCAUACAUAUUUGCAUCAUAUAUUUUCUGUCCUGGUCUACCGUCGAGAGUCGAGACAAUGAAAGAUAAGCCGUUACUAACAAAAAGUAUGACGGGAGCGGGAUAGAGCUGUAAGUUUAGGCAUAAUAAUUUUUUUAAUGAUCGAUGUGUACUUCUAAGUCGGUCUUUACCUACCUCGUAACCUAACGUAAUACUUUGGGGUACCAUGUUAUUGGAAUUUUUUUGUUCGUUCAAGUCUUCUCUAUCCAUAAAAACCACAUUGAUCAUGCGUCUCGAUUAUGAAAAAAAAAAUAGCGGCGGAUCUACAUGCCAGCUAUCUUAAGGAAUGGUUCAAACCCCUUUAUAGUUGUACGUUAUCAGAUAAUGUGGUGUCUACAAAGUUCUAUGUAAUGCCUUUGACCCAAUUUCGAAAUGUAGGUUGGCAUACCUAUAUCGAUUUGUAGUCCUAAAAGUCAGUCGUGCCGUGCAUAUCGCCGCGUUAUAACUGCAUUGCGAAUAACGUAUCAUUAUUUGAAAUAAAAAAUGUUAAAAUUAUUGAUCGAUAAAAAAACUUGAUCUAUGUCUAUGACGCGUUGUAAUGUGCCUGGUUCCAUUGGAAUAGUGGGGGAAUGAGAUUGCAAAUUAGUGCCACUUAAAUGCCACAAAUGAAAAGUGAAUGAUUCAUGUAUUUAUUUAUUAGUAGCGUUAAAAUUAAGACUGACAAAACUUUGGGUGGUGCUUACUACUAAUAAGUUUACGUGUUUGAUUGAAAAGUUUAAUUUAUCUCAUAACUUUUUAAAGUGUUUAUUAUUUGUAGCUUUGUAGUGUAAAUUAAAUCUUAACACCUACCUUUUACCUAUAUUAUGUUUUUACCAUUCCAUUGGGGAUAAAUUGUCUGUAUCGUUUGUCUCUGUAACCUUAAUGAUUAAUAGGUGUUUAUUGAAUGUUAGUAAUUUGUUAGUUUAAUUAAAAACAAAAUUUAAACGAAUAUUGUGAGGGGGUACUUGGUAUCCUUUCAAUUGUAUUUUGUAAAAGUUUUAAAAGAGUAAAGGUUUAUCUUAUUCACGUAACAUGUAAUUUGCGACAGUAAAUAAUGAAUUUAUACACAGCGUUUUGUAUGUUAUAGAUAUUCCUAUUAAUCCAACGCCCACACUUAUAGAUGUCAAUAUAUAUAUUUUUUAAGUUUGAUUAAUGUUGGUGACCUCACUUACGUCAUUAUAUGAGGAGUGACUUUUCAAAAAGCCUCAUUUUCAUUUAGAUAAAAUUUUCAAAAACGAUAAUUUCUGUGGUGAUAACAAAAGAUGUGGUUUCCUUUUUUUAACUUCAGUUAUAUAUUCUUUGGUAUAAUAGAAUUUAUAUAGUGGAAGAAAAAAAAAUCUAAGUGAUAUUUGACUUUUAAAAUACAUAAAUAAAUUGUUUGGAAAUAUGGCCUUUGCUUGAAACUUUUGAUUAUCACAUAGGCUUUGUUUUACUGUGGGAAAAUAUCCCUAAUAAAGCGCGGGUAAUACCGCGGGGCGCAGCUAUGUAGUAUGAUAUAAAUGAAAUGUAGUUUCUUUAAUUAAAAAUAUUUUUUCAGCGCUAAGAAUUCUUAAAUUAAUUAAUAAUUAAAUUACUUAAUUCUUAAAUUCUAAGGCAUGACAUAUCUUCGGAUUCAUUGCUUUCACAUUCUGCAUCAUUCUGUAUAGCAUCUAUAAUAUUUUUAUACCAGAUGAGAUCAGAUUGACAAGUUGUCAAACAUUAGACUAGAACGAAAAUGUCAAUAUUUUUUUAACUUUAUCUAUGGUCACAGUGAUACCAUGAAACUAAAUUAUAACCAAGUCCAAAUUCUCUAAAAGAUUUGGCCAUGUUUUUGUAACCAUUAAAUAGGCCAUUUUGUUAAAAUUUCUUUGAAAUACUACAAAUCUAUGCAGGAAAUGUGGCGUAUUGUUUAAAUUGAAUUAACCGCUUGUUCAUACAUGGAAUUCUGUCUGGUUUGAUAGAUAUGCCUGUAUUGGUAUCCAUUUUUGGAUAGGAAAGAAGGAUUUCUGUAUCGUUCUUUUUACGUAAAUAGGUGCUAUUUAGCCUUACCAAUUAGAUUCCGUCGAAAUUUGUACAUAGUUUAAAAAAUUGAAAUACGGCCUUUUGAAAAGUCACUGCUCAUAAUAUGGAAUUCAAAAGAAUAUAACAACUUAGUCAAGCAUAAAAUUUAAUUGAAGUCUCGUAAGUGCGGCUGUGAGAAAAAGUUUUAUUUUAAUUUUAAAUAAGAACAGUCGUGUCAAAAUAUGCGAUAUUUUAAUAGUCUGAUUUAGUCUUCGAUCAAUCGAAGGAGCUAGCUAGUGACAUUAUAGCAGAAGUUAACUUAGUACUUCUCGUCAAAUAAAUAUGUUCAUCAGAAAUGCAAUAUCCAUAUUUCAAAAAUUAUAUUUUAUCUCUGGUAAAUUUAAGGAUCAUUUUAAAAUAUUUUAUUUAUGUAGGUAUUAAUUUGUUUUAGUUUCAAAGCUUUUAUAUUAUAUUGGUGUUGUACUCCUCAGUACUUUCCAGAAAAUGAUUUGUCCAGUUUGUGUAAUUUUCUUUUAUUAAUAAACUAUUUUGUUUUGUU